AUGACUCUGAAGGUGUUGGUGGUGGUGGCCGUGGCGUGCCUGGGUCCGGCGCUGGCGGCGUUCGUGGCGACGGCCCCCGUGCUGCACUCCGCCCCCGUGCUGCACGCUGCCGCCGCCCCCGGCGCCGUGGUGGCGGUGCCGGCACCGGGUAGCUCGGCGGCCGUCGUCUCCACCCCCAGCGGCGUGCGCGUCGCCUACGCCGCCCCCGGGCCUGCCAACUCCCUGGGGCCGGUGCUCUCUGCGGACUCCCGCGCCGCCCUGCUCGGCGUCGCCUACUCCGCCGCCCCCGCCGUCGCCCACAUGACCUACAGCAACGCGCUCGGCAUCAGCUACGCCUACUGA